CAAACCAAAACAAAGAAUCUACAUCUCUGUGCAGUUCAUAUAAGCUGAGGGUUUCUUCGAAAACUCCCGUCACUUUGUCUUCCACGCAUUUGAGUGAUUGUACAGCAGACUGUUUAAGCGACCGGACAAAACGGCAAAUCGGAAUGUAGCGCAAGGAGCAGUGACCGACAGUGUGGCUUGUCAGUGUUGGACUGCGACCACCAGCAGCAGGUCAGCACCAUGAGUCUGUACGGGGCCGGGGCCGGGGCCAGCGGCGGUGCUGUUGGAGGGGCGAGAGAGAGAGGAGGAGCAGAACAUUACCGGGAGCAACGGCGGCGCUCCAGUGACCGCUCUCGUGACUCCUCCCACGAGAGAGGGGAGAGUCAGCUGACGCCCUGCAUCAGGAAUGUCACCUCUCCCACUCGGCAGCAUGACCGUGAACGUGGUGACGGAGGCUCGUCCUCCAGAUCCUCCAGUCCACGCCCUCCCAGGGUCUCCCUUCCCUAUUCGCACGUUGGAGGGACCCUGAUCGGGGGACACAUACCUCGAUGCCUGGGUCCUCCCGGAGCAGACCACCACUCCAAGACACUAGGCCAAGGACUGUGUGAUAUGAUCUACGUGUAUGACGUCAGCGCUAAAGAGGGGCAUCGCAGUGGACUGAGACUGGGAGAAAGAGUCACGCUCAUUGUGGACAAUACAAGAUUUGUGGUGGAUCCCGCCAUCUUCACAGCUCAACCUAACACCAUGCUGGGCAGGAUGUUUGGUUCUGGGCGGGACAACAACUUCACACGACCAAACGAAAAGGGAGAGUUUGAGGUGGCCGACGGCAUCAGCUCCACCGUCUUCAGAGCCAUUCUGGAUUACUACAAGUCGGGGAUAAUCCGCUGCCCUGACGGCGUUUCUAUUCCCGAGCUGAGGGAGGCAUGUGACUACCUCUGCAUCUCCUUCAACUACAGCACCAUCAAGUGCAGAGACCUCAGCGCCCUGAUGCACGAGCUGUCUAACGACGGGGCCCGGCGUCAGUUCGAGUGUUACCUGGAGGAGAUGGUGCUGCCACUGAUGGUGGCCAGCGCUCAGAGCGGAGAGAGGGAGUGUCACGUGGUGGUGCUGACCGACGACGACGUGGUGGACUGGGAUGAGGAGUACCCUCCACAGAUGGGAGAGGAGUACUCGCAGAUCAUCUACAGCACCAAACUGUACCGCUUCUUCAAGUACAUAGAAAACAGAGACGUGGCCAAGUCGGUGCUGAAGGACAGAGGACUGAAAAAGAUCCGGCUGGGCAUUGAAGGCUACCCAACCUAUAAAGAGAAGGUGAAGCGGCGUCCUGGAGGUCGCCCCGAGGUCAUCUACAACUACGUCCAGCGACCUUUCAUCCGCAUGUCCUGGGAGAAGGAGGAAGGGAAGAGCCGCCACGUGGACUUCCAGUGCGUCAAGUCCAAGUCCAUCACCAACUUGGCCGCGGCCGCCGCGGACAUUCCCCAGGACCAGCUUGUGGUCAUGCAGCCUCCGGGGCCGCAGGUGGACGAGCUGGACACUCUGCCGCAGCCGCCGGGCGUCAACGACCCCUACCAGCCGCCGCUCGGACAGGGGCCGGAGAACAACGCGGGCCCUCAGCUGGCGCAAGGCUACGAGGGCCCGAACCAGCAGGCUCAGGACAGUCCGAGCCAGGCCCCGCACAGCCUGGCCCACAGCAACCAGCAGCAGCACAGCGGCAGCCACACUCAGGCCACUUACCACUACGAGCCGGACCCAGACACACCGUCACCCUCUGCAUGAGACUGGCUGCACACUGAAUCCCUCCCUCCCCCCCCCCCCGCUGUGUUCACACUACCAGCAACGGUGUACGAGUACACCGACAUCAGUUCAGCUGGUUAAUGAUAACAAACUAAAAGUAAAACUCAGUCCCUCCACGAAAUGAUCAAAAUUUGAAAUGGUGACACUGUUAGGGAAGCUGACAAGCACAGAAACCUGAUUGGUCUUCAACAGCCAAUAAGCACACAGUUUAAGCUCUCAGCAGAAAUGAGAGCACCUCUGGCCACUUGUUGCUCCCAGUGUGAACGCAGACUCCCCCCUCCCCCUCACCUCCUCCAGUCCCCUUCUCCUCCUCCCGAGUGGCAAAACACCACUUUGCCUUCUGUUGCACGUCUGCUGCAGCCUUUCUCAGUCAACACAGCGUCCGGAUGAACGAGAACCGUUCGGCAGCCGAGGACGGAUGUCGCACAUCAGCAGGACUCCUCACCCACCUCGGUUCACUCUGUUUGUUUUUAUUUAUCUGACCAAAGCAGAGUUUAGUUGCAUUCUGUGUGCAUGUGGAACGACAGAGUACUGUAUUACAUUAUAACGACGUGUGUGUGUGUGUGCGCGCGUUUGUUAGUGUACCUCACUGGGAAAGUGGAUCUCAGCGCCUCUUCAUGGUUUAUUUGGGCGCCAGUGAGUGAGUUGGCUGUGAAGAGCCACUUUUCCCAGCGCAUGCGAAGGCCUUCAUGGAAGGGUUUUUGUUAAACACAACGUCUACGAGUUUUUAAGAAAACCUUCCGCCCUCUGUUCUUUAAACCAGUUGAUUUGGUCCCUUGUUUACGUCGAGUCUUUUUCACUCGUUUGCUCCGGUUUGUGUCCUUGCUGACCUGCUCUGAAAACCCUGCACAGGUUCAUCACUGCUGUGAGCACACGGGAUGUCACAAGAGAUGUUGAACACGGUGUUUUUCUAAUAAAUGGUAUUCACAACACUCUGGUCUUGGAUGACACGCUUCCUUAUUUGAGUGUAGCGGUGAGUCUUUGAAAUGA